UUGGUGGGCUUUGUUAGUUUUCGAAUUUGUUGAUACCCCCACAUCAGCGGAAGUUUGAAUGAGUUCGCCCCAAUCAUUGCACCCUGGUGGUUGUUGGCGCUUGUGUGUUUUUGAUAGACUCGAAGUAUCUCGUUCUUCAGUUCAAUGCACAUAUUGUGAUACAAUUUAUCUGUUCUAGUUUUCCUUGUAUUGUUUAAUGUCUGCUUGGCUCGUGGCGGGAUUCCUGUACUAUAUGCUCGAGCAUUUACCGCGGCCUGUUUUCUCCGAAAGAUGGAUGUCAUCUACCUGUAAAUAUCACACGGGAAGGACUCUUGCCUCCCAUCAUCUACUAUGUCAUGAUAAACUUCCUGGUACUGCUGGUAGGAAUUCACCCCUCGUCCGGAGUAUUGCCAUUUUCUUCCGCCUGGAUCACCUGAUCGGAGAAACUCGGUAGCAGCGGCGGUGGCUGCCUCAGGCCGGGAACACCCGUCCAGACCGGUCGCGAUUCAUAAGCGACGGGAGCACGUCAUCUGGGGGUUUGUUUCUCACCCAUCCGUUCGUGCAUUCCCUCACCACCGUCCACCAACCAAGUCGGCCCCGGCCCGUAAUUUGAUUGUCAUCCAUAUUCUUAUCAAUUCAAU